AGGAUUCUGCGAGUGACAUAACUACAGAACCAGGCAGCUAUCUCGCUAACAUAAAGCUAGUGUGGUAUCUUCACUUUAACGUUAGCGAUAGCAUGCUUCCCUGCUAAACUUUCUAAGCUAUCAUAGUGAGCCAACAAAGUAGAGUUAUUGUCGCUAGCUAGCUCCCUGCCGGUCCUAGCUUAGUUAGCUUGCUACAUUUCUCGUAGAUGAUCAAACAGUAACGUGAACCUACACAUACGCGGCCUGGUUGACUUAUAUUUAGGUACAGCCAUUACCAAUAUAAACAAUGCAAUAGACGUCAGCGGUUAACAAAAGCGUUGCUUUGUAACUUGGAUCAGCUCGCUAUGCUAAUAACGUUACGCUGAAGCUAUGCUGUUAGCUAGGUAGAAAGAUAACGUAGCUAGCAGUAAUUCAAACGAGCUAGAGCUAACUGUGACCAUAGUCUGGCUGCUUGCUAGCUAAACGACAGACAGGUUAUGUAACUUCAGGUAUAAAGGCAGUAGCAGUGACGUUGACGGUGAAAGACCAGCAUUCGUGUUGCGUUGGACAGGUUGGUAAUGUCGCGGCCAAGGAGUGUGCAUGUGCAUCAGCGGGGUUACCGGUAAUGUUCCAGGUGUCGAAUGCCAGCAUCUCCGUUACAUCGAACUGAUUUAAGGGACACUCAACAGAAUGGGAAAGCUCAGCAUAUCCUGCCUUUUCCCUGCCUCCUGGCACUUCAGCAUAUCACCAGCCGUUCUCCCUCGGAUCCUUUUUCCUUCAUUCAGACAGCUGAUCUUUCUGGGUUUGCUGGCUGGGCUUCUGGGUCUCCUUUACCUGCUGCUGGUCACAGGAAAGGGCCAGUACAGCUGGAUAAGGGAGGACAAACAUAUUCACAGACAUUUGGCCAGAGUGACUGAUUUGGAGGUCACAGACACCAGUAACCCCGACCUUAACUAUGGGCUAGUGGUUGACUGUGGGAGCAGUGGCUCCCGAGUGUUUGUUUACUGCUGGCCGCGGCACAACGGCAACCCACACGACCUGUUGGACAUCCGUCAGAUGAGAGACCAGCACCGGAAGCCAGUGGUCAUGAAGAUUAAACCAGGUAUCUCAGAGCUUGCUACCACACCAGAAAAGGCCAGCGACUACAUCCACCCGUUGCUAAGCUUCGCUGCAGAGCACAUCCCCAAGUUUAAGCAUCAGGAAACCCCUCUGUACAUCCUCUGCACUGCGGGAAUGAGAGUGCUGCCUGAGAGUCAACAGGAGGCGCUCCUGGAGGAUCUGCGGACUGACAUCCCUGUGCAUUUCAACUUUCUGUUCUCCGACUCCCAUGUGGAGGUCAUCUCCGGGAAACAGGAGGGUGUGUAUGCCUGGAUUGGGAUUAAUUUUGUCCUCGGAAGAUUCAAUCAUGCAGAGGAUGAAGGUGAGGCAGUGGUGGAGGUGCAGGUCCCAGGGGGUGACCAGCAGGAGGCGCUGGUACGCAAGCGCACAGCCGGUGUGUUGGACAUGGGUGGCGUUUCCACGCAGAUCGCGUUCGAAGUGCCCAAAAGUGUAAGCUUUUCUUCUCCACAGCAGGAGGAAAUGGCUAAGAACCUGCUGGCAGAGUUUAACCUGGGCUGUGAUGCCCACCGCACAGAGCACGUAUACCGCGUCUAUGUCUCCACUUUCCUGGGCUACGGUGGCAACGCAGCCCGCCAGAGGUAUGAGGAGAGCCUGGUCAGCAAGACUGUUCUUCAGAACAAGCUUUUGGACCAGCAUGGGGGGGAGUCGGCAGACACUCCCGUUCUGGACCCGUGUCUUCCCACCGAGUUGCAGGAUGAAGUGGGUCCUGCGGGACAGAGGGUCCACAUCCGCGGAACCGGUGACUUUGACUCCUGCCGGCUGCUCCUGCAGCCGUUCCUCAACCACACCAACGAGACUCACACCUCCCUCAACGGCGUCUACCAGCCAGCCAUCGACUUCCGCAACAGUCAGUUCUAUGGCUUCUCCGAGUACUACUACUGUACGGAAGAUGUGCUACGCAUGGGUGGUGACUACAACUCCACAAAGUACACCAGUGCAGCAAAGAACUACUGCGCCACCCAGUGGAGGACCCUGAAGGAGCGAUUUGACCGGGGUCUGUAUGCCUCUCAUGCUGACUUGCAUAGACUCAAGUACCAGUGUUUCAAAUCAGCGUGGAUGUAUGAGGUUUUCCACUCGGGCUUCGCCUUCCCCACCAAUUAUGACAACCUGAAGACCGCGCUGCUGGUCUACGAUAAAGAGGUUCAGUGGACGCUGGGAGCCAUCCUCUACAGAACGCGUUUCCUGCCUCUGAGGGACAUACAGCAGGAGAGCCUGAAGGGGGUGCACUCUCACUGGCGCCACAGUUUCCCUUACAUAAACACGCACUACCUGUUCCUGGCGUGCUUCUUCGUGGUGCUGCUCUCCAUCCUGCUGUACCUGCUCCGGUUGAGGCGCAUCCACCGCCGGGCUGCCGCCCUCCACCGCGGAACCUCCUCCUCCUCCGUGCAGUGGCUGGAGGAAGGCUUGGGCUCCACUGACGUUCCCAUCACACUAUAGGGUAGAAGCCUGCCUGUCUUGGGUCGGCCUUGCCCUGCUCCUGUCCUCCGGCUAGGGGCUUAUUGGCCAGUACACACACAUGAAAGUCACAUGAAGCUGGCGAUAAUCACGCUGACUUCACUUGAGACUGGAUUAGACUGCUUGAAACUGAGAGCUCAGCCUCGGGUGGAGCUUCUGUGCUGCUGCGACCCAUCAUUCGAAGACUGUUCACUGAACUGAUCAGAGAGGACAUUUUAUGUGCUGUGAGCAGCGUUUCAGUCUAGCUUUUGAAAGGAUCAUGUGUUUCUGUGUUAAUUUAUUUUCUUUUGAUAUCUUUGUUUUUCUUUUUUUUUAAUGACCAUUGUUCACAUUGCUAGUCUUGAAAGUGCACCUACCAGAGAUUUGAUCCCUCACUCCAUGAAACUCCAUGAAACUCCUUCAUGAUCUAGAUGGAGUUGGAGCCUUCAUGCCCUCCUCGUCUGUCUGUCUGCUUUGACGGUCUUCACUGUCAUCCAAGUUAUCUCCAUCACACUUGACUUAAUAUAUGUUUCCAGUGGCACAUUCCUUAGCCAGAUACUUAAUCAUGUCCUGAAAUGCCAGCUGCAUGUUUGGUGAGACCUGGUUUUGAAGUCCUUUGAAGGUCUACGGCUGUUACCAUGGGGAGACCAUGAGAAAAUGUAUCUAGCCUCUCGGCAGUUGUUGUUGAAAAAGACACCAACGGCACCCUCAGCUUGGCAGAAUGUGUAAUAGGACUGUGGUACCCCUCAAUAGAUGGUACUUUUUUGAAAAUGCUUGUGAUUUACGGUUGGUAAAUAUUUCAGACGCUAGGUUAUAAGAUUUCUGCACUGUCAAGACUGUACCGGUGAUUCUGUAUACAGUAGUGGGUAGAAUCCAGUGCAGAUUAGUUCAAAGUAUAGAUCCAAGGCAUAAACCAAUGACCAAUGUUUUAUGUCUGUGUGUGUGUGUGUGUGUGUGUGUGUGCGUGUGUAAGGGAAGGAUGAAUUAUUUGGCCGUGGUGUUUUUGUUCUACAUAGCACCACAACUCCCAUGGUUUUCUGAGACUAUUCCCAGGCUUCUAGUUUAAAUACAACACACUUUUAGGGACCACCUUGCAUCUUGACUUUUACAUUUAUCAAAAUUAGCUUCAUCAAAGCUCCUUCAAAUGGCUUGUGUCAAACCGAAUUAGAUGCUGUCAAUAUUAGCACCGCAUGCUAUAAUGUAUGUCUUAACAUUGUUAUGACAUGCAGUGGCUUAGAGUUUCAGUAGAUUGUGCAUCCACGCUUCUUGUACUUCAUGCUUCUUGUACUUCAUUGUUUGGUUUGCUAAAACAGUUUAAUAGGGUUGGCAACAGCUCAGUACUUUAUCUGAAUAACAAAAAUGUGCAAUAUUUUUUUUCCCCCAAAAUGUCUUAUCACAUGUUGAAGUGUGACCUAGCUGGAAUCCCAGUUCAAGUCCUGUGUUUUUCGAGGAGUGAAAGUCCAGUCUGCUGAAAACGGUCCACAGGUCUUUGGGUCUAUGUGGAUCUGUCACUCUGAAUCCUCUGUGGGUGCGUGUGUGUUUGUGUGAAUGUGUUUUUAUUCACUCUGGGCUUCUUUUUGUGAAGCUGUUGUCACUGCUGUAUGAAAAAUGUUUGUGAAACCACAGACACCAUAUUUAUAAAUGAUGUUCAGGAAAGAAUUCUGUUUGCACGGAAAUGUUCAACAACCUUGUCUGAUAUUAAAACCAAUAUUGAAGUA